CUCUUUACUUCAUCUCUACAUAGUAUACACUACUCUAUAAUCAAAGAGGAAUAAAAUGCCAUCAACAAUAGCAAUCGCCAAAAACUACUUGUGUUUCAAACUCCCCUUCUCGGAGUACUCGUUCUCAUUUCCUUCGGUUCCUAUGCCAUGGCAUGCACAUACACAUACACAUAGCACUGCUAUCCUCUCAGAAGCAAACACAGACACAACCACCAUAUCAGAAGAAAGCCCUCUCCUUCCUCACCACCACCACCAACACCACCAGCAACAGCAAAAUACACCACCAUCCCUCAAAGAAAAAUACGGCACCUGCACCACCAUCCUCCACUACGGCACAUCCAGCUCCGUUCGACUUUACACCAACACCACCACCAACAAGAAACGAAAAAUACUCCAUGUCCUCAAAACCCUCCGCCCAACCCCCUCCACCACAUCGACAAAACAAACCCUAAAAUCCACCCUCGAGUCCCUCCUCUCAUCAACCCUCUACCAUCCACAUCUCCUGCACACAAUCGACAUCAUCCCCAACUCCCGUGGAGAAACAUGUCUGGUGAGUGAGUAUUGCGAAUUAGGUGAUCUCGGGACAUAUAUUUCCUCUUCCUACGGAGGAAGUUCAGGGGAUAGUGUCAUGCCAGUGACAGAAGCAGAUAAGAUUCUAUAUCAGAUUAUGAGCGCAGUGGAGUUCUUGCAUGAGAUGGGGGUGGUUCAUGGGUGUGUUUGUGUGGAGAAUGUUUUGGUUUCUUCAUCUUCUGGGGAUGGGGGUGGGGAUGGGGUUUGUGUCAAGUUGGGGGAUUUGGGGGAUGCGAGGGUUUUGGAUUCUGGGUAUUCUCGUGACCGAGUUGGGGUGAAAGAUGGUGGUGGUUGUGAUGGGUACUACGCUGCAUGGAAAGAGGAUGUAUAUCCCCUUGUUAGGGGGUUAUCCAUGGGGAUAGGGAAGUUUGAGGAGUUGGAGGGGAGAUGUGAUAGGAGGAGGGUUAAUCCUUAUGCUGCGCCGGAGGUACUUCAUCCUUGUUCUACUUCUCGGUCGUCUUCGGCUUAUCGUCGACGUGGGUAUGGAAAUCCUUCCCUAGGGGUAGCAGGGGAUGAUCCCCGGGCUGUGGAUAUCUGGGCUGUCGGGAUUAUAUACCUUGUCCUAAGACUGGGGAGGAUUCUCUGGCGGAGUGCGAGUGAGGAGGAGGAUGGACGGUAUGCGGAGUAUCUUGCUGGGAGGAAGAGGAGGGAGGGGUAUGGGGUUAUUGAGGGGUUGGGAGGGGCACAAUGCAGAAACGUGGUAUACGCGAUGCUAAACCCCGAUGCAGCCCGACGGAUUAAAGCAUCAGAAGUGAUGAGAUCAGAAUGGAUGUAUAACCUUGAUGUACAUCAAUAA